UACACUAUAUAUAAAGGCCAGGAGAGGAGACAAUCUUCUUCAUUCAAUAAUCACCUCUCUUCAUUCAAUAAUCACCUCUCUUCAUUCAUUAGCUAUUAACAAAAUGUUGGCAUUUCCAUUAUUAGUGCUAAUUUGUGUGUUGUUUAUGGUGAGGGCGCUGUGGAAGAAGUUAAAGAGCAGCAAACCAGCUCUAAACCUACCCCCAGGACCAUGGAAACUUCCCAUUAUAGGAAAUAUACACCAGUUAAUCGGCGGGCUACCCCACCAUAAGCUCGGAGCCUUGGCGAAGAAAUAUGGCCCUGUUAUGCAGCUUCAGUUCGGACAAGUUCCGACUGUUGUGAUCUCUUCACCUGAAACUGCGAAACAAGUGAUGAAAACACACGACACCAUCUUUGCACAAAGGCCCUUCCUCAUAGUCUCUGACAUCAUAUUUUAUAAGGGUUUGGAUCUUGGUUUCGCACGAUACGGUGAUCACUGGAGGCAAAUGCGGAAAAUCUGCAUCUUAGAGCUGCUUAGUGCGAAACGUGUGCAAUUGUUCCGACCAAUCAGAGAAGAAGCAGUAUCGAAUCUCAUCGCUGACAUUUCUUCCAACGCCGGAUCUACUAUCAAUCUUACACAAAUGUUAAAUAUAUUGUCGUCCACUCUCAUUACAAGAGCAGCAUUCGGAAAACAAUGCACUAUCGAUCAAGAAAAAUUCAUUCCGCUUGCUGCAAAAGUUACGGAGAUGAUGGUCGGCUUUAACAUUGCUGACCUCUUCCCCUCUAUCAAAUUGCUCCAUGUCAUUACUGGAAUUCGUUAUAGACUCACGAAAUUGCACAAAAAAGUUGAUGCUGUGCUUGAGAACAUAAUCAAUGCUCAUAGGAUUGCAAGGGCCACAUCUAAGAUUGCAAUGGAGGAUGAAGAUAUCGUCCAUGUUUUGUUAAAUCUUCAAGAGCAAGGAAAUCUUGAACUUCCUUUAACAACCGACAGUAUCAAAGCCGUUAUACUGAACAUGUUCCUUGGAGGGAUUGAUUCGUCGGCUUUGACUUUAGGAUGGGUGAUGUCGGAAUUGAUCAAGAAUCCGAAGGCCAUGCAUAAAGCACAGGCAGAGGUUAGGCAGAUUUUCAAAGAGAAAAAAAUUGUUGAUGAGAUAGAUAUUGAGAAGUUAAAGUAUUUAAAGCUUGUCAUUAAAGAAACAUUAAGAAUGCAUCCUCCUGCUCCAUUAGUACCUCCCAGAGAAGCUAGCAAUGAAUGCCAAAUCGACGGGUAUGACAUACCCGCCUUGUCCAGACUCUUUGUGAACGUAUGGGCCCUCGGUAGGGAUCCUAAUCAUUGGAUUGAACCCGAAAGUUUUAUACCAGAGAGAUUUGAGGAAGGUCUAGUUGACUACAAAGGAAAUAAUUUUGAAUAUUUGCCAUUCGGCGGUGGAAGAAGGAUAUGUCCCGGUAUAUCAUUCGCCAUGGCGAAUGUUGAACUUGCACUCGCACAGUUACUCUUUAGCUUUGACUGGGAGCUUCCUCUUGGUAUGAAGAGAGAAGAACUGGAUAUGACAGAGGUAUUUCUCACUGCAACAAAAAGGAAAUAUGACCUAUACCUAGUUCCUAUUCCAUACUCUCCUACUAAUCAAAACACAUAGUUAGAGGUGCCGUUACUUUUUUUGUCAAAGAUAAUAAGCAACUCUUUCGAGUCUGAAUUGUUAGUUGUUAGUUACGGAACCGUAGUUCGAACCCACAACCUCUCAAUGCACUUAGAGACGUCUUAGUCAUCUAGACUAGGCCCACAUUGGCGGUGCCGUUACUUUACCCACAAACCAUUGUUGUUCUAAAUCUAUAUAAUGUGUGUUCUUGCAUUUUCAUGGUUAUUACGUACCAGUUGCUCCUUUUCCUUAGAGUUAUCUGUUUCAUGUUAAUUUGUUGUUUCAAUGAAAGUUUUAUGCUCAAUUAUUUAUUGAUA